CUCGAAAAGUGUUUAUUUUUCAUUUUAUUACUGUGAAUUUUUCCAUUGUUUCAUAUAAUCAAGAUAUUUGAAAGUCACUUUUGAGGAGAACCCACAUAUGAAAGAAAUAUUCAAAAGAAGUUAAAAAAAAAUGAUGGUUCUAAACCUGUGUACUCAGAAAGCUGUACUGUUCACUUAAAACUUUUUACUGAUGAUGAUUUACUAUAGGAUUCAUAUUAAUGUCCACACCUUUUCAAUUACUUCGCAUCAAUGGAGGACAAGAUAGACCGACCAUAAAAUAUAUUUUAUACUAUACCAAGUUUUGGUCCACUGACAACUUUGGAUAUGGGUUUGGACAACAAUCAUUUAUUGUCAACAAUUGUUCAGUGAAUAAUUGCUUUAUAACAAACAAUAGAUCGUUAUUGUCGGAUAUCAAAGAUUUUGAUAUGUUAAUAUUCCAUUCCCAAAACAUUAAAGAUCACCAGAUCCCGGUUGCUAGAAGUCCAAAACAGUUGUAUGUAUUCUUUAGCCUUGAAUCUCCUAUUAAUGAUAAUAUUGAUGGAUUUAGUGAAGAGUUUCAAUCAUUCUUUAAUUUAACAAUGACUUAUCGGAGAGACUCUGAUAUAUUUUCACCAUAUGGAGAAAUGACAUCUAUUAGAACAGAUUCUAGAGACAACAUAUCAGGAGGAAAGAUGGAUAAAAAAGAAUUGAAUUUUAAAACAAUAGAUGAUAGGAAGCUGGUGGCCUGGGUAGUUUCUCAUUGUCAAACAGAUUCACAGAGAGAGGAAUAUGUUAAGGAAUUGAAAAAAUGGAUUCCUAUUGAUCAGUUUGGAAAAUGUUCCAAGAAUAAAAACGAAUGUGAUGACAGUUGUUAUGGAAACCUUGGAACUCGGUACAAAUUCUACCUUUCCUUUGAAAAUUCACUUUGCGAGGAUUAUAUCACAGAAAAGUUUUGGAACACUCUAGAACAGAGCAUGGUUCCAAUAGUUUUAGGGUCCGGUAACUAUAAAGAUGUAGCACCUCCACAUUCCUAUAUAAACGUUCAGGACUUUAAAUCCCCCAAAGAGUUGGCUGAAUACCUUCUAAAACUAGAUAAAAACAGCAAGGAUUAUAAUAGAUUUCUAGACUGGAAAACAUCUCACAGAAUUCAGUCAUCUCGUCAAUAUUUUAAAGGACAGAUGUUGUGUGAUUUAUGUGAGAAAGUACAUAACACAGAAAAGAAAGUUUAUUCAAGUUUCGGAGAUUGGUGGGAAAAGGAUAAGUGCUCAAGGUUGGUCGAAAAUUGA